ACAAAAAAAUAUUCAAUAAUCAAUAAAAUCGGUAAAUGAACUGAUAGGGUUGUCAACGUAGACAUGGAAAGUGUCAUAGAACAAUAUUCUGUAUUUAUUUUUUAUUGUUUUGAAUGUACAAUAUAUUUAAAUGACAUAUCCUCUCAUAUGUUUCUUAUAUUUUGCUGUUUUUACAACAUGCUAUUUAUAAUUACACUGACUGGUUAGCUUGGCAUCGAUAUUACCGACAUUUGUAUCGAUCCGCCCACGUCUAAUUUACACACGUGGAAGUGAAGAAACUGUACAAAAGUGUCGAUAUAUGCAGUGAAUUAAUAAUAUUACAAAUCAACCACUACCAUAGCAAAACAGAAAAAGAAAGAAAAGCACGUUAUAGUCUUCAGUGCGGCGGGAGGUGUCCUCGGUGACGUAACACGGUUCAGAACUGCCACUUCUCAGCUAACAACAACAGAAGAUCCCGGAAAGCUAGCGACCUUAAAUAAGAGGGGGCGAACUGCUUCCAUCUCGCUGGUUCUGAUGUAGAUGGACUUUCGGACCAAGCACUGACGAGUGGAAGCGGCGUAUUCCUCCUCAUCCUCCUCUUGAGACCAACACCCUCUGUCACGCUGGCAAUGUCAAGAGUCCCGAGUCCCCCUCCCCCGGCGGAAAUGUCCAGCGGGCCUGUGGCUGAGAGCUGGUGCUACACGCAGAUCAAAGUUGUAAAGUUCUCGUACAUGUGGACCAUCAACAACUUCAGCUUCUGUCGUGAGGAGAUGGGCGAGGUCAUCAAGAGCUCCACCUUCUCUUCAGGGGCCAAUGACAAGCUAAAGUGGUGUUUGCGUGUCAAUCCCAAAGGCCUGGACGAGGAGAGCAAAGACUACCUGUCUCUCUACCUGCUGCUGGUCAGCUGUCCAAAGGCUGAGGUUCGAGCCAAGUUCAAGUUCUCCAUUCUCAACGCCAAGGGAGAGGAGACCAAAGCCAUGGAAAGCCAGAGGGCUUAUCGCUUUGUGCAGGGUAAAGACUGGGGCUUUAAGAAGUUCAUCCGAAGAGACUUCCUCCUCGAUGAGGCCAACGGUCUUUUACCCGACGACAAGCUCACACUCUUCUGUGAGGUGAGUGUGGUGCAGGACUCGGUCAACAUAUCUGGCCAGAACACCAUGAACAUGGUGAAGGUUCCCGACUGCAGACUAGCCGACGAGCUUGGGGGCUUAUGGGAGAACUCCCGCUUCACCGACUGUUCCCUGUGUGUGGCCGGCCAGGAGUUUCAGGCCCAUAAAGCCAUCUUGGCAGCACGCUCCCCCGUAUUCAGUGCCAUGUUUGAACACGAAAUGGAGGAGAGCAAAAAGAAUCGUGUAGAAAUCAACGACGUGGAGCCCGAGGUCUUCAAAGAGAUGAUGUGCUUCAUUUACACUGACAAAGCUCCCAACCUGGACAAGAUGGCAGAUGACCUGCUGGCGGCAGCUGAUAAAUACGCUCUAGAGAGACUGAAGGUCAUGUGCGAGGAUGCACUGUGCACUAGCCUGUCGGUGGAGAACGCAGCCGAGAUCCUCAUCCUGGCAGACCUGCACAGCGCCGACCAGCUCAAAACGCAGGCGGUCGACUUCAUCAACUACCACGCCGCAGAGGUGAUGGAGACAGCAGGCUGGAAAUCCAUGGUCGCAUCUCACCCUCAUUUGGUGGCCGAAGCGUACCGCUCGCUGGCAUCAGCCCAGUGCCCUUUCCUCGGACCUCCACGCAAGCGCCUCAAACAAUCCUAAUGGUUCUCAUUACUUAAAAAAAAAAACAUCAACGAAACCACACAAUACCCUAAUGCUCCCUUCCAAGGGUCCGCAAUAUGGAGGACAUUUCCCCUUUUGCUGUUACCUACUACACUACCUGCAGCCCUCUUCUGCCCUGUGAUCCAGAACCUGCUGUAUUGAGAAAGAGCUGGAAGACGGGCUUGGCUUGUGAAGUGGAUAUUUGUCGUUUACAGAAUAUAAAAAGAAACCAAACCUGCACUUUUCCAACAGUCAGGUGGGAUCUUGUGUCCCCCCUCGACCCCGCUGAUCCCCAUUCAUGAAGAAUCCUUUUACCACUUCAUGAAAAAAAACCCACAAAAAAAGGAAUCAUGGAUAUUUGGACAUUGAAGGACAGGUGAGGGACUAAAGGACUGUCUUGUUACUCAGACCACCUAAGGGCUAGUCCAAUGGAGGAAAAUCAUCAAACUUAUUUUCCCAAAGCAAUUCGGGAAACAUUGCACUAAAAACAUACACAGCCCCCCUUCACCCUCCCGUCCGUCCCUCCGCCGACCGUAACAAUCAAGCGUUACGAGCAGUGAAGCAGUAGUCAAACACACAAAGCCUCGUGGACUAACUGCGGACCCGUUUUGGACCAGGCAGGACAAUGUACACCCUUUAAAGAUGCUUUACAGGCGUACAAAACACACACACGUGUGUUGAACACUGCCUUCGUUGUAUCGGUUUAAAGUUUUUCAUAGAAAGCAGACCAUAACUAGACAAUAGCAACACAACUGCACGUUGUGCGCAUGUACAGUAGCAGUAACCCUUGAGAGCAAAUCCAAGGCGACUACUGUGGUAAAAGAAAUAACAUUCAGUUAAGCGGCUUUCCCCCAAAUAUUUCUUUUCCAAAUUUUUUCCAAGUUUUUCUUAGCAGGCAUGACGCCUUGCAAGGAAUUAAAAAAUAAAAUGAACACGUUUUAAUGUUCAAAUGAGACAGAAUGUGAAAGAAAAAGGACACAUGCACAAUGCGCCAAAAAGAAAAAAAAAACACACAAAAUUGAUUUAUUAAGGUUCUCUUUGUUCUUUUGCCAGUGGAUGAAAAUUGGUUAUAAGCUUAGAAGGAGCCUUUGUCAUUUCUUUCCUGUAGAUAGUCUCGGUUUAUGAGAAGUGACAGUUGUUGCUAUUUUUUUUUGUUCCCAAAAGAAUAAACCACAACUAUUUUGUAAUGAACGCAGUGCAAAC